GCACUUUGUCAGUUUUCAAAAUGGCGCGGUGUUGAAGUGUUCGUGUCUGGGCCGUCCGUGGAAUUUAAUUCGAGUUUUGUUGGGAAAGUGUAUUAAUUGUUUAUCAUAUUAAAAAUGGCAGCGACUGGAAUUUUACCUACGUAUCAGAGAUAUAUGAAUGGCGCUCCCAUGCCAAGUUCUGCUCGCCGUUCCUUUAGAUCCAAAGAAAAAUACCUUAUUCUUCUCGUGUUUCUGACGUUUGGUGUUGUGUGUUUUGGUGCCCUGUUCUUCUUGCCCGAAUUCAAGAGUGGUUCGAACACCGUCAAUAGUGUAUAUAGUGUCUACAAACACAUGCAGAAGGCUGGACCUGAACUCCUGAUCCCUGCUCCUCCUCAUGGUAACUUUCAUGACCUAUCCAAUAAUCGCAUGAGACACCAUGAUAAUGACUAUGACCCUCACAUCGCUCAAGAUGAGGCCAAAUUAAAAGCCAAAAUUGACGAAGACUGGCGCUCAAAUAUCAGGGAUAAAGUGCUCGAGAAACCCGAUUUCGGAUUGGAUCAAAUGAACGUCGGGUCAAGCUCGAUGAAAGCGGAAGUUCCUUUCAAAGUACCUAGCGUCGUUGAUUUGUCGAAAGUAGUCACAGUUCCUCCUGCUGAAAGUGAUAACUAUCCUGUGGUCCAAGGUGGAGAGGAUCCUGAUCCGGCUGUUCGGGAGAAAAGAAACAAAGUCAAAGAGAUGACGAAACACGCGUGGGACAGCUACGUGCGGUGGGCCUGGGGGAAGAACGAGCUGCGACCCCUAUCCAAGCGCCCCCACCCGGGCAGCGUCUUCGGGACGACCCCGCUCGGAGUGACCAUCGUCGACGGCCUCGACACCCUCUACAUCAUGGGCCUCAACGAGGAGUACAAGCAGGGACGCGACUGGGUCGCCCAUAACCUCAACGUCGAGGGCCUAAAUGUAGAUCUGUCUGUAUUUGAAACUAACAUCAGGAUUGUUGGAGGACUGAUUUCUUGUUUUGCACUGACUGGCGACACGCUGCUCCGUGAUAAAGCAGAGAUGGUGGCGAAAAAAUUGCUUCCUGCUUUCCAGACGCCCACUGGGAUCCCCAACGCUCUUGUCAAUUUCAAAACUGGGGUAAGUAAAAAUUACGGCUGGGCAAGCAGUGGUUCAAGUAUCCUUUCGGAAUUUGGAACACUUCAUCUAGAAUUUUCCUAUCUGUCAGAUAUUACUGGCAACCCAAUCUAUCAGACAAAAGUUGAUACCGUGAGGAAGGUUCUUCAACAAAUUGACAAGCCUCAGGGACUCUAUCCCAAUUAUUUAAAUCCCAAAAGUGGUGUUUGGGGACUUCAUCACGUUUCUAUUGGUGCCCUUGGUGAUAGUUUCUAUGAGUAUUUACUGAAAGCCUGGCUCCAGUCAGGGCGAGAAGAUACCGUAGCCAAAACAAUGUUUAUCGAUGCCAUGCAGGCAAUGACUAGGAUACUUUUACAAACAUCCCCCGGGGGCCUUAUGUAUUUCUCUGAUAUGCGCUUUGACCGUCUUGAACAUAAGAUGGAUCAUUUAGGUUGUUUUUCUGGUGGUUUGAUGGGAUUAGCUGCUCAGACAUUGAAUGAUAAUCACUCAAAUCGGUACAUGGAGAUCGCAGAGGGUAUAACUAACACUUGUCACGAAUCGUACGAUCGGUCUGCAACAAAAUUGGGCCCAGAGUCUUUCAAAUUUUUGGAGAAUGUAGAAGCUAAAGCUAUCCGAACAGCGGACAAGUAUUAUAUUUUAAGGCCAGAAGUGAUAGAAUCCUAUUUUAUAAUGUGGAGACUGACAAAAAAGCAGAAGUACCGAGAUUGGGCGUGGGAAGCUGUCCAGGCUAUAGAAACCUAUUGUCGAACUCCAGACGGCUAUAGUGGAAUAAAAAAUGUGUAUCUCAAAGAACCUACGCAAGAUGAUGUCCAGCAAAGCUUUUUCCUUGCUGAAACAUUGAAGUACCUGUAUCUAAUUUUUAGUGAUGAUAGUCUAAUAUCGUUAGAAGAAUGGGUGUUCAACUCGGAAGCGCACCCUCUUCCUAUUAAAAACUCGAACCCAUUCUAUAGAGCCAAACAAAUGGUCUCCGUCGGAGCGUAACCUCAGCUCGUCUUUACUUUGUGAUCGGAACGUGUCCACUAAAUGUAACUUCCUCUAGUCGCCAUUUUGUAAACAUUUUUAUCAUCUUUCCUUCUUUUUUAUUUAUUUAUUUUUUUUUUAGUGUUUUAAGUGUUGCCUUUUUGUUAAAAGUUUAAUUUAUUAGCAGGAUUGUGUAUUAUUCUCUUUGUUUAUGAUUUCAGUCAGAUCAUCUUUGUUAUACAGUUUUGUACAAAGUAGCGAAUGUUUGUAAUUUUAGCUGUUUUCUAUUUCAAGCAGUUUCAUCACCAGCUCUAGGAUGCUUCAGUAUUUUGGAUGAAAUGAAUGGAAUUUGGAAGAUUUUAACCAAUAAUUGUGGCUAGCAAAAGGGUCGAUAGAAAAGAAAUAUUUUCUCUUUAAAUAUAGAUCCUGUUGCGAAUGGUACCCCAGUCGUUAGCUUAAAUCUAUUGUUUAAAUUUUUAAGACUCUGAAUUAUCCUUUCAAAACACUUCCUUAAAAUCAGUUUCUUUGGAAAUUCUAUGGCCUUGUAGUUGUUAUUUUUUAAGUUACAAUUUGAGGAAAGCUAUCAAAAUUCACACCGGUUUGUGUAUUGGGUUAUCUAGAGCUGGGUAUGGAAUCUUGUUGAAUUACCUUCAUUUUUUGUUGAUGAUCUAACAAAUCACAGUAUUUUCCCAAGUCAAAUAAAAAAGAGGCGUUCUAAAUCAUUGAUUCUAUGAUGAGAAGUUUUUUUUUAUUUUUUUUUUCUUUCUUUUGCAUAUGCAUUUUUGUAUGCUUUUAGUCGCACCGGACCCAUCUUAUUGCGUUGUCAACAUAAUUAGGGUAUGCUAUUCUAUCAUAUUGUCCGUAAUUUUACACUUGGUCUACAACACUAGAAUCAAUUUUACUUUGCAUUUAAGGCCUAGGAAUUUUGUGUAGCUUUUAAGGAAUUUGAGCUUGACAUAAAUAUUGAAAAAAUCAGUAUUUUAGAAAUUUUAAGGUGCCAAAUGUUAUGAAACGUUCAAAGUUUAAAGAUAUUGACUGUGUUCUUAACGGCUUCGAGUUAAUGGACAAGACUGGCUCCUCAAGUGUUGAUAUUCUGAAGUUUUUAUUGCUGUUCUUUUCUCGACUGACACCAAGUUAUGUAUUGACGUAUAAGUCGUCCUUUUCCUCGUUGAUUGCCCUCAGGCUUUUAAAAUAUGUAUGUGUGUUGCCCUGUGCUGCAUUUUUCACUUUAACUGCAUGAAGAUUAAUUUGCAGAUACCUCGUUUGUCCUUGAUUGUAAUACGGCCAUAAUAUUGUUAUAAUUACUCUCAGUAGAAUCGCAAUAUAUCCUUUUUGUAGGCAUGUUUCCAUAGAUUCCAAAAAUUAUAAUUUCUAGGUUUUCUCAAUAUAAAAAAAGUGAAAGAUAAUGUUAACUGUUUAAAUGGCCCUACAAAUAGUUUUUGGAGCUUUCAUACAAGCUCCUAUUAAAUAAGUACAUCUUCGCAUGUGCUUUCUCUGGUGAAUUUUGGUUGUAUUCUUAUUCGCCGAUGACAGUGAUGUGAUGUAACUUUUUGAAGCAAUUUUGUAAAAAAUUUUGUAUUUUAUCGGUUUAAUGCAAAAUUGUGGCUUUUGUGAAAAUAAUAAUUUGUUUCGAAUCUGAGUCACCAGUUUAGUCAAUACAAGAGUGUGAUUAACGAUGGGGUUGUUUUUUGAGUCUGAGUUUGAUAACUUCAGUUGAAAUUUGAAUAUUGAUGGUGAAACCAUCAGACCUUGUAUCUCGGUUUGUGACGUUGCAGACUUCCUGUCAUACUUUAUUUUUUAAAUGGAAAACUACUCAAAGUCGAUUCUUGGGAAAUUCCGUGACUUUAAAGCUUUGUGAAAACCUCUAGAAAUGAUAUUGAUUUGUUCUCCCACAAGAAAAUAAAAUCGGAGCAGAGAUUUUUCAACACCGCAAACGAAAUACAUGGUCUGGUAGUCUCACUGUUGAUAUUACUGUGAUAUCUUGGGUUGGUUGUCUUUCUUAACAAUACCUUUAAAAGUAAAAUAUUUUCACCAAUACAAUAUUUUCACAUUGUGGUUUGUUACUCUCUCAUAAAAAGAUCUGUAAACAGUUAUCAGUUUAUAAAUUUUUAAUAUCCCAGCCUUUCAAAGAAACAUCGCCUUUGUAAGGUAACUAAUGACUGUCCUGAUGAAAGUUAUUGUUGAAAAUUUAAAAAUUGUUUGACUACUGACUCUUUAUAUUCAACAUGGUUUAUUUUGCUCUGUAAACUCAAAUAAUAAGUUACCCAGAGAAGCAUUUUCUUCCCUUUUUUCUGAACCCACUAACCCAACAGCCACACAAAAUUUCUGUCUUGUUAUUUCCAAAAAAAUUUUUUCCCAUUACAUGCUGAGGACAAGGUUUUUUUUGUUGAAAAUUGGUUUUCAGUUGAAGUAAUUGAACAUUAUUAUUAUGCUAAAUAUUCAUACCA